AUGGCAGCCUCUCGCGUAGAUUCUGAAGUUGGAGAAUAUCAACUAACAUCUGCGACAACUGCGGUAUUAUCGAGAUCAUCGAGCGAAGCUCGCGUAGUCAAAUCUUGGACUGACUAUAAUCAUUGCGCCAAAUAUGUCAAAGAGCCUCUCAGUCGAUCAAAAUUUUACGAUCAUCCAGCAAAACAAUCCAAUAAUGGCAAUGGCGUUACUGGAAAUUAUUACAUACAAGAUAAUGAAGAACAAUCAGAUCAAGAAGAAAAAUCUAUUUCCGAAAAUAAAAUUUAUGUUGCCAACAGAUUAGACGUUAACGAAGAUACAAAUUGCGAUAAAAUGAAUAACGAUAUUAGUAAUACCAUCAAUGACCAUAAGUUAGUUACAUGCAAGAAAAAUAACGAUUCGAGAGGUAAACUUGAAGUUAAAUGCACGAACUCGCUAAAUCAUGAAAUCAAAAGAACUCAACAAAUAUUCAAUAAAGGUAAUCAAACUAUCUUCGAUAAUGAAUAUAACGAAAGACAAGUGUGUACAGUUCGUGAAAUAAAAAUCGUAACUGCAUCGACGAACAACUGCAUAAACAACUCAUCCGAAUCAAUAUACUAUUCCCAGGAUGUCGAUAAAACGAUCGGAUCGAGCAAAUGCAAGCACACCAGGGAUAUCGAGAGCCGUAAAAAUGACGGUGACGAAGACGGGAUGGAAAUCAGUUCGCCGCGGAGUCGCGUGUAUCCUCACGGGGAUAAUGUCAUUGUAUCCGCCGCCACGUCGAGCACAAACGCAUUUCAAGAACAUCCUCGAGGUGAAACGUCUCGUAAGGUCGUUCACUCCUCCGUCAAAGACAGUAGCACCCCCGGAAAACCGCAACGAUCCGCAUCCGUGAGGAAUGCUAUUGACGAUCGAGGAGAGUCGAGGAAUCGAAAAACGGAUAUCGACAUCCUCUGCGCCGAAGAUAAAAAAAGUAGCAACGCAAGAAAAUGCGAAAACUGCGGGAAAUCACACUUCUCUUAUGGUCGGUACUCUCGUUUGUGGAAGUAUUCGGAGUAUUUGAAUCGUGAAAAGGCGAAUCAAGACGCGGCCAAGAUCGUCGUUAAUCAGUCCGAUUCGACAAAACUGAUGUCACCGAUCGCUACCGUAGCACUUCGUCGCAGUCGAUCGUUACCGCGGUUGUCGAUUCAUGACAGUGGAGUUGCUUGCAGCGAUCAUGCACCAGCGGUACCGGAGCAGACGCACGCGGCACCUCGUCAGUUGGUUGCGGAUCUCAGACAAUUGCUCACACUGAAGCAACAUUACUACCCGGAGGGUGGCUGGGGCUGGGUAAUUCUUCUUGUGGGUUUACUAGUACAAAUUUUGUCGCACGGCGUGCAUGGUGCUGUCGGCAUCUUUCUUCAGCAAGUGGAAGUCAGAUUCGGCCCCCACGUGCAUCUACAGGCAGGAUGGCUGGGGGCAAUGUCGACGGGUGUCGCCCUGCUCGUGUCGCCGAUUACAAUAGCGUUUUGCCGAAAAAAAAGUACGAGAGUAACAGCAGUCUUGGGCGGUCUCGUUACCGCCCUCGGUUGCCUUUUCACUUCCUUCGCCUCGCAAUUUCAUCAAUUGUUCUUCAGCUACGGCACCGUCGUUGGGAUUGGGGUUGGAAUGACACGAGACUGUAGUACGCUGAUGGUAGCUCAGUAUUUCAAGAGGAAGAGAGAAUUGGUUGAAAUUUUUAUCGUCUCAGGAAGCGGCUUAGGUAUAGCAGUUAUGUCUGCUUUUAUAAAAGGAGCAAUCACUAAAAUCGGAUGGCGACUUGGCCUUCAAGCUGUCACGGGGGUAGUCUUUCUCACUUUUAUUCUCGGCACUUUUUACCGUAGCGCUUCACUGUAUCAUCCUCAACGAAGAGCAAUUUUACACUUGAAAAAUCAAAAACGCAAGAUAAAGGACAAAAACAAGGCCACCGAUAAACCACCGUUUUUCGAUUUUAGCACUUUAAAAAGUAAAACGGUGCGGAUUCUUUUGGUGUCUACCAGUAUUUCGGCAUUCGGAAUUAAUACGCCGAUAUUUUAUCUGGCACAUCAAGCGGAAGAAGAAGGUCUUGGUGAUACUGUCGUCCUACUACAGGCUUAUCUCGGGUUAGCUUGGACUCUUGGUUGCGUAGCUUUUGGACUUCUAGUCGUUCAUCGCAACGUUGAAUGCAGGAUAGCCCGCCAAUAUCUUACACAAGCAGCAGUCUUUGUGUGCGGACUUUGCAUUCUCGCUCUUACUGCCGUUCAAGGAAAUUAUCACGGAUACGUUAUGUUCGCGUGGAUUUACGGCAUCUUCUGCGGUGGCUAUCAUUACAGUCUGAAGAUGUAUACAUACGAAAGAGUAAGAGCGCGAAACUUUGCUAGAACAUGGGGUUUUGUUCAAUGCUCUCAAGCGAUACCAAUUGCAAUCGGAGUACCAAUAUCAGGAUACAUAAAUGUGGGUUGUGGUGGUAAGGCUGGCUAUUACUUCAGCUCAACAUGUGUUCUGGUUGGCAGUUUUACACUCUUCUUCAUUGAUUUGCAUAGAAGAAAUUUGUCAAGACAUAAACACACCAGAGCUAAUGGUAAAAAACAUAUAUGCUCCUCGGACAGUUGUCCUCAACGACGAAGAUUGUCGUUCAGUCAAGAACCUAAAAACGAGGGAACUCACGUAGCCGCUGCUGGAGCAGCCGGAACGACGGCUGCAGCACUCAUUCUAGGGGCCGAUAUUGCUCCAGCACAAGGUGAAGGGAUAGACGCUUUAGGAAUAGAUAAACCGGAACUCACGUGUAUCUCGGAGGAAGGUAUCGCUGACAUGGAUUUACCUGAUAAUUUACUGGAGGAUUUCGAUUACAUAGGCGAUUGUUUAACUUCGUGCAACAAGGUCGAGAACUACCUUAUGCUCUCGGAAUUCGAGAACAAUCUGAUUGCUGAAAUGCCAAUUAUUAUGGAUCGUUGUGGACGCAGAUGGUCCCUGGGCCGAUCCAAGACAAAUCAAUCCAAUUGUGGUCAGAUUAGUGGCGUUCCAUCAACAACUAAUGAGCAAGAUGUCAAAUCGAAAUGGCGUUUCAUGAAUGUACCACCUAAUACUAACACCAGAACGAUUACUGUUAUUGACGAAGCUAGUACAUAAUUCCG